AUGAAGAUCCUCUUAACUGAAGAACGUGUUUCAAUUCCAGCAGGAUGCAAAGUAACUCAAGACAACAAAAAGAUCAUUGUAAGUGGUAAGAGAGGAACUGAAACCCUUGAUAUUUCUCAUAUGUUAUUGACCGUUGAUAUCGAAGAGACUGAGUUGUUUGUGCGAUUAUGGACUGUUCCUAAGAAGCAUACUAAGAUAGUUAAGACUUGUGCUGGUUUGAUUAAUAAUAUGAUCAUUGGUUGUACUAAAGGCUUUUCUUAUAAGAUGAAGGCUAUUUACAAGCACUUCCCUAUUACAGUCUUAAUUGAGAAUGAAGGUAAACGGGUAGUGAUUAAGAACUUCUUAGGAAGUAAGUGUGAUCGGAUUAUUGAUAUGAGAGGUAGUGCUGUAGCCCGUUUAGAUUCAACUAAGGAUUACUUCCUUAUUGAGGGUCCUAAUAUUCAAGCCGUAUCUCAAUCUGCUGCUAAUAUCUCGCAACAGUGCAUUCCUAAGAACAAAGAUCUACGGGUCUUCCUGGAUGGUACUUUUGUGGUUGCUAAAGGAACUAUUGACGUCGAUGAAUAA